GUUUCCAUUCAGUUGCGUUACUAAAACACCUGUAGGCGCUCAGUAGGGAGAUAUCGAUUACGUGAGUUUGCGGAACCAUUUUUGAAUCAUUUUAAAACCAAAUUUGUUUCAAGCUGUGCUUUGAACUGAACUAAAGAGAGAAGCGACAGGGUUGGUGUGCCGAAUAUGGGGCUUCUUGCGAGUCGGGAUGUGUUUUCGUGGCUGCUGGUGGCCUCUGUUUUCCAGGUUUCGAGUGUGCGUUUGGCGCAAGCCAGUUACUUGUGCACUGCAUACCUGAACAUUUCCUAUACAAACCCUGAAACAAACCUAACCACCUGGUUUCGAGAGGAGAUGGGGUUGUAUGGGCAAGACUCUCCCAAAACUUCUGUAGUGGGGAAUGUGUAUUUAGCCGAUCCGAUCUACGGCUGUGAAGAUGACACCGUUUAUCGCCGACCGAACGACUCCACGGGCUGGAUCGCCUUAAUCCAGCGCGGAAACGGAUGCACUUUCACCGAUAAAAUUAACGUCGCGGCCAUGAACGGAGCUGCCGCUGCUAUCAUUUUCAAUGACUACGGGGCAGAAAAUCGGGUCAUUCAGAUGUCCCACCCAGGCACGAGCAUCGUUGCAGUCAUGAUUGGCAACGUCCGUGGGAUAAAGCUGUUCCAGCUGCUAGAAAAGGGCUUGCCCGUUUCCAUAGCAGUAGAGGUUGGGAAUCAGCACGGUCCCUGGAUGAGUCACUAUUCAGUGUUUUUCGUCUCUAUCUCCUUCUUCAUCGUUACUGCGGCGACUGUUGGAUACUUCAUCAUCUACUCCGCGCGGAGACUGAACAGCCUCAGACAGCAGAACCGCAAACAGAAAAAGCUGAAAGCUGAAGCGAAGGCGGCGAUUGGCCAGCUGCAGGUCCGCACACUGAGACAAGGGGAUCAGGAGACUGGCCCUGAUGCUGAUGCCUGUGCAGUGUGUAUUGAGUUGUAUAAACCAGGAGAUGUUCUAUCAGUUCUCACAUGCAAUCAUUUCUUCCAUAAAUCUUGCAUAGAGCCGUGGCUGCUGGAGCACAGAACCUGCCCAAUGUGCAAGUGUGACAUUCUUAAAGCCCUUGGAGUUGAGAUAGAUGUGGAGGAGCAGCCACAGAUUUCAGUGCCAGAUUUCAGAUCUUUUUCUACCUCUGAAGACCUGCACAGUGAGACAGUGUCACAUACACACAGUGAGACCGCAUACUCUGGAUAUGCAUCCAUGCAUGGAAAUGAACACCUCGGCCCUGCUGAAGGCACACAAAAUGGUGUGCAAGAGGAGCAGUUGGAUGUGUCGCCCCACUAUGAUAAUCUUGCCUUCGAGGGUGACGUUCACAGCCAGAGUGAAGUCAGGACCUGAGCAGCACAAACAAACACUGAUACAAUGCACUCAUACGGAUGAAUGAAGGGUUUUUGAUUUGAGGACUUAUAACAAAGCACUGCUGAGCCCUUUUCUGAUUAGUUUCUGACUAAGUGCCUAUAAAUUUUCUCUCUUUCUCUCUCUCUGUUUGUGUGUGACUCUUUUUUUUCUCUGUGGGUGAUCACAAUGAUUUCUGGGUCAAUCGGAGGUCAUAUUUUAAUUGUCUGUGGUUAAUUCAGGGAAUUGUGAUUUCUGAUUCAGGGUAUAAUUCCCAUUGUGGUUGUGUUCAGGGUUUGAGACUCUGCCUUCAUAAGUGUAAUGAUGAGCAGCUGUGGAGACACAGAGAGAGAGAGAGACACAGUGCUCCACCUGCUGUAAAUCAGUGGACUUGCUGUACUUUCCCCCUCUUUUUGUAGCUUAAUAAAUUAUAUUGUUCCAGUUUUGAUGGAAAUUGUAAAUUUCAGAAGUAUUGUGCCUUACACACUAAUGUAUGUGUGCA